AUGACAACACCAGAAGUUGUAUUGCAUCCUCUUGCAUUGAUUUCUAUCACCCAAAGUGCUACACAUAAAACAAUUAAUUGUGGAACAAACAAACCUGAAAGAAGUGUAGGGAUAUUACUUGGAAUUGAAAAUGAAGAAGAAGUUAUUGUACGAACAUCAUUUGAAAUUCCAGAGAGUCAAUUACUAACUAAAAUGAGUGAAGGUGUUAAAUUAAAUUCAGAAGUAAAUAAAGAAUACAAAGUAGUUGGAUGGUAUGCUGGAAUGGCUAAUGGAGAGCCACUAACUAGUGAUAUUGAAUUACAUAGUCAAAUUGUUGGUGAAAAUAAGAACGGAUUAUUUUUAAUAUUAAAUAUAAGUAAAUGUUAUCAAAAAGAAACAGAUAAAAUUCCAAUCACAUUUUGUGUAUUAAGAAAUGAAUUAUUUGUACCAUGUAACUAUCGUAUUGCAUCUGUUGAUGUUGAACGUAUUGGUAUUAAUGAGAUCAUUAAUUCAGGAAGUUCAGUAGAAACUGAUAAAAAAGAAAAAGAAGGAAUAAGUCAUGCUAUAGAAACAUUAAAAAAGAAAGUUGACAUUCUAGUUAAAUAUUUAAAAGGAGUUGAAAAUGGAAUUAUUCAAGCAGAUGAUCAUAUCCUUGCUAAAAUUGCACAAAUUUGUUCUUCUAUUCCAGUCAGUAAUAAUUCAGUAUUCAGAGAAGAA